AUGUGUCUGUGGCUUUUAACUGCUUGUUUGGGCUUAUUGCCAACAAACAACGUACCACCUGCUACAAUUGUAGUAGUGCAAGGCGUACCAGCACCAAUUCUUCAACCUACAACAGCGGCAACUACCGCGGCCGCAACGACUGCAGCUCCGACUACAGUAGCUCCAACGACGAUGGCUCCAACAAUGCCACCCACUAUGCCACCAACGACAACAACUACAGCGGCACCAACAACUACAACGGCUCGACCUACUAUGAGUGGCCCGAUCCAGAUUGACCCACGACUUGGCACUACCCCCGCGCCAUCAGCAGCGUUGCAGAGUCCACAAAUUACCGGCUACAGUGGACAAAUUCCAUCCUUUGAUUCAGCUGUCAAAUUUCCCAGAGAACGUAGAAGUUUAAAUUUUAAACGCGAAGAAAAUAAUACAUUCUUUUUCAAUAAUAAUAAACAUAGAAUACGCAAAAGGCAAAGCUGUCAAUGUGUAGCUAGCGGCACAUGUGUUUCGACUUCAUAUGGAGCGGGUAUGAUCGAUUUCAGAGUUGUUACCCCUACCGUUGCCCAAUGUCCCGCUGGACAGGAAUAUUGCUGUGGAAGCACUACAACAACAGCUUUGAUUGCAUGUGGCACUAUUCAAUCAGUGCCAGUCCCAGCUAUUAUGCCUGCUGCAGGACAAGCCAGUUUUGGAGAAUAUCCGUGGCAGAGUUUAAUUAUGACGAAGCAAAAUGAUUAUAUCGCUGGCGGUGUGCUUAUAGAUCAACUUAACGUCUUAACCGUUACACAUAGGUUGACACCCUUUAUUGUUUCGGGAACAGCACCUAACGUGAAAGUAAGAUUAGGUGAAUGGGACGCAGCUGGGACCUACGAACCUGUGCCUUAUCAAGAAUACAACGUGGCGAAAGUGUUUACCCACCCUUCUUUCAACGCUAAUACUUUACAAUACGAUAUCACCGUUUUACGACUCUCAAAUUCAGUACCCUUGACACCUCAAGGUGGUUCUGUAACUACUAUCAACAGAGCAUGCCUGCCUCCCAUGUCAACGUCAACUUACACUGGUCAAAGGUGCUGGGUAUCGGGUUGGGGCAAGGAUAUGUUUGGCGUUCAGGGUCAAUAUCAACAGAUUUUGAAGAAAGUGGAUGUCCCGAUUGUAGCUUCCGGAACCUGUCAGGCACAGAUGCAGACUGCUCGCCUGGGGUCCACUUUCGUACUUGAUACUACUUCAUUCAUAUGUGCUGGAGGGGAGGCGAGUAAAGAUUCUUGUACGGGUGACGGUGGGUCCGGUUUGGUGUGUCAAGUAAACGGGCAAUGGGUGGUAGUGGGGCUCGUGUCUUGGGGCCUCGGUUGUGCCAACACCAACGUUCCAGCAGCUUACGUGAAUAUUGCUGCCUUACUACCCUGGAUACAACAACAAGUUGCCACUGCCUAG